AUGAUUUUGUCUUGGAUCCUCAAUUCUCUUUCCAAAGAAAUUGCCGCUAGUGUCAUAUAUGUGGAAUCUGCCAAAGAAAUGUGGUCUGACCUUCAAGAAAGAUUUUCUCAAGGUAAUGGACCUCAAAUUUUCGGGUUGCAGAAGACUAUUUCUUCGCUAAUGCAAAAUGACCUUUCUAUCAGUGCCUAUUUCACUCAAAUAAAGGGUCUAUGGGAUGAGUUGAACUAUAGACCCUUACCUGUGUGGUCCUAUGGAGAUCCUCCUGAAAUUGAUUCAAUGAUGAUUCCAAGUAUUCCAUUUGCUGCACUUUCUUCUUCCACUAAACAUGUCCACCAAAAUAAGCCUUCUACUCGAAAAGAUAGACCUAUUUGCUCUCAUUGCUCUGUUCCUGGGCAUACUAUUGACAAAUGCUUCAAGUUACACAGGACCUUACCAUUGGAGAAUGAUUGGGAAGGGUAA